UUGAUAUCGCUUUUCAUCCUUGUGGAGGUAUCAGGCCCUCGAGAUCAUAAUAUAACGAUCAGUAUCGACUGGUGAUGAAAAUCUCCCCCCUUUCGCUUUUUCGAUGAGGGACCGUCUACGGUGGUGAAAAUGAAGCAACCCAAAUGGACAAAAAGGAGAUCCAGAGCGACGAAUUUGCUAAAGAAGGAACGAACAAAUAGUGGCCAUUGCUACGCAGGGAGCUGGAGCUCUGAAAGGGCCAUCAACAAGUUGUUGUCGGAACAACGGAACAAUGCUCAGAGAGAAAGAAGAGAUGAAGGGUUAGAAAUAGUGGAAGAAGAGUAGUCUAAGGAAAAAUGAAAACAGAGACUGUUGAGGUGGGGGCCAUGGAAUGGAAGAAUAAAGUGGAGAGUCGGUGCAACGCAAGCUCCGUAUUUCCCCCCUCCCUCAUCCCAUCCCCUUUUUUAAGAUGGUUAUCUGAAAUUUCCCAGACAUUAUUAUAAGACACGUUGAAGGAAUUUUUCUUCUUUUUGUUUUUUCCUCUGUAAAUAUAUAAGAAUUAAGGAGUAGAAGAUUGACAAGACACAGACUCUGUAACGGUGUCACUUUUAUUCACCUUCAAUCCGAGGGCUGUACUUCCUUGCACCGUUCAAGUAGCGGUAAAGAGGUUGAGGGAGAAGAUUGCCAAGAAGACUYAGAGGGAGUUCGAGGUCGAGGUUAACACCCUGGGCAAGAUUUGUCACCCCAAUCUCUUGGCACUGAGGGCAUAUAUAUUAUUUGGGACCUAAAGGAGAAAAGCUUCUCGUCUUUGAUUUCAUGUCUAAAGGGAGUCUUGCUGCCUUCUUUUAUGCUCGACGGCUUGAUACCCCGACCGAUUGGCAGAGAAGGAUGAAAAGAGAGAUAGGGAGAGAGAGAAAGCAGAGAGGGAGAAAGAGAAACAAAGGAAGAUAGGGAAAAUGAACCAAGAGCAUCCUCUUGUAGACUCUCCAGUAACCUAUUCCGGACAGUCUUCUCUCCUGCAAAGACCAAUCACAUGUUCAGUUACAACGGCUCGUAACAAGGUGGUAUCAGAGCCGACGAUGGAUCCUAAUCAUGAGCGACGCCUCUCACAGAUUGAAGGUGAGAUGGGGUCCCUGAUGGCUACCUAAGAACGGAUGAUGGAGGAGGUACGGGGAAUGUUUSCUUCAAUCGCCACAAGAUUUGACAAGCUUGAGAACUCAAAGGCGCUAGAAGUUGUUGGCUUUGUAGGGCUGAACAAAUCUUCUUAUGGCAAAGGGUACCCGAAGUGGAGAAGGUACUUACUGCAUCAGUCCAUCUUGAAGGUGAUGCCCGGUUGUGGUUUCAGUUACUACAACAAGAUCAUGCUGAUAUGGGAUGGCCCCAGUUCAUGGAACAACUCCAUCUACGAUAUGGUCCAACCAAAUUUCUUCGGAGACCUCACCAAGCUGCGACAAAUGGUUUCAGUACGAGAUUACCAGGCACAAUUUGAAAGGCUUCUCACUGGUGUGGGGAGAGUGACACCGGAGCAACAAGUAAGUUGUUUCAUUAGUGGAUUGAAAGACUCUAUUAGAUUUGAUGUUCUUGCAGCUAGGCCCACUACCCUGUUAGAAGCAAUUGGUUUGGCUCGUCUCUAUGAAGCUAGAAAUAACUCAUGGAGGUGGUCCAUGAUUCCAGAGUCCAAGUCAUCUCAUUCCUUCAAAAGUUCAGCAUCAACCCCCUCUACUCUCCCUGUUCGAAGAUUGACCCCUACUGAGUUAAAGGAGCGGCAUGACAAGGGACUUUGUUUCAACUGCAAUGAGAAAUUCAGUCCCGGUCACAGAUGCAAGAAGUUUUUUGUGAUAGAGAGUUGCUGGCAAGGAGAUGGUGAUAUUGAGAUGGAAAUUGAAGGGGAGAGAGAAUCUACCCAUGAUGAACUAGAAGUCUCGCUCCAUGCUAUUACGGGCCACACACCAGGGCGCAUCAUGAAGGUAAAAGGGAAGGUGGGAGGUGAAGAAGUAACUGCGUUGGUGGACUCGGGGAGCACCCAUAAUUUUCUCAGCACCAAGUUAGCACAACGAGUGGGCCUAAAACCCACUAAGGAUGGUCAGUUCAAGGUUGCAGUAGUAAAUGGCCAAACCUUGGUCAGCCCGGGUAAAUGUUUUGCUGUUUCUUUGAUGUUACAAGAUGUUCCCUUACAGAUUGACUUUUAUUUGUUACCCAUCGAUGGAUAUGAGGUGAUUUUAGGGACCCAAUGGCUCUCUAUUCUUGGUAUCAUCAUGUGGGAUUUCUUUCACUUUUGCAUGAAAUUCUGGGUUAAUGGACGUGAAGUAUUAUUACAAGGGAUACCACCCCUAGUUAGAAAUUCCACACAUAAUCGGGUUAUCAAGAAAAAUCAUUAAGGCAUCUUGCUGCAUUCCUUAGAAGGCCCAUUAGGCCUUUCAGCUGAGCCCGACUCUCCUCAGAUGCAAGAGCUACUAGCUACCUUUAAGACUUAUUUGAAGAGCCUAGAAGCUUGCUCCCACUUAGAGCCCACAAUCACAAAAUCAGCCUUCUUUCUAGCAUGGGGCCAAUCCGCGUGAGACCCUACCACUACCCCCACUGUAUAAGAUUUGAAAUUGAAAAAAUAGUAGCUGAACUGCUAGCUACAGGCAUGGUUCGGCCUAACAACAACCCAUAUUCAUCUCUUGUACUACUUCUCGUCAAGAAGCAUGAUGGGUCUUGGAGGAUGUGUGUAGAUUACCGGGCACUCGGUCAGAUCACCAUUAAAGAUAAGUUCCCUAUUCCUACUGUUGAUGAAUUACUAGAUGAGUUACAUGGUGCAUGUUAUUUUUCUAAGCUAGACCUUCGCUCUGGAUAUCAUCAAAUUAGAAUGCACCCCACUGAUAUGGCUAAGAYUGCCUUCAGAACACAUCAGGGGCAUUAUGAAUUUUUAGUUAUGCCUUUUGGGCUGACUAACGCACCCUCCACAUUUCAGUCCCUUAUGAAUGAAAUAUUCUAGAAUUGUUUACGAAAAUUUGUUGUAUUUUUUGAUGAUAUUUUGGUUUAUAGCUCUGAUUGGGGCAAACAUAUGAGACUUCUGAAGCAUGUAUUCUCUAUAUUAAGAGCUCACUAGCUAUCUGUCAAAAAAGAAAAGUAUUUGUUUGGACAGAUGCAGGUGAAGUAUUUGGGGCACAUUAUUAGCGCUAAAGGAGUGGAGGUUGACCCCGAAAAGGUGAAUGCUAUGUUAAACUGGCCCAAGCUCAAAUCUGCAAAAGCCCUUCGUGGACUUCUAAGACUUACAGGAUACUACCGUAAGUUUGUGGAAGGCUAUGGGAAAAUUGCAAGACCAUUGACUCAGAUGCUUAAAAAGAACUCCUUUACAUGGACUAUAGCAGCUGAGGAUGCAUUUUGUCAAACUCAAAGAAGCAAUGACACACUCUCCGAUAUUGGCCCUCCCAGAUUUUUCUCAACCCUUUGUGGUGGAAUGUGACGCCUCAGGAGUAGGCAUAGGAGCGGUUCUGAUGCAACAUGGACGACCAAUCUCUUAGAUUAGUCAAGCUCUCCAAGAAAAGAACCUCUUGCUCUCUACUUAUGAAAAGGAGGUAUUGGCCCUAGUACUAGCUGUACAAAAGUGGCGACAUUAUUUGUUAGGGCACCGCUUCACUGUCCGUACAGAUCAGAAGAGUAUCAAAUACCUGUGGAACCAACAUAUAACCACACCUGCCCAGCAACGUUGGUUAUAUAAGCUUACGGGGUUUGAUUUUUGUAUUGAAUAUAAAAAAGGAGCUGAGAACAAGGUGGCAGAUGCAUUAUCCAGAAGAUAUGAAAGCGACAGUCAAAAAAAUCUAAAUGGGCCUGCUCUAAUGGCACUAACACAGCCCAUUCCCCAUUGGAUUUAAGCUGUCAAAUCUGACCAGCUUGAGCAUGCUCAAACAUAAUGCCUAAUACAUACGGCUAUGUGAGCAAGAGAAGCUGUUCGGCCACAGGCUUACAGAGGAGGAGUAUUAUAUUUCAAAGACCGAAUUUACUUGGCUGAAGACUCUGAGCUGAUUACACUCAUAGUGGGCCAAUUCCACAAUGCUACUCAUGAAGGGUACCUCAAAACCAUUAAUAGACUCAAAACAACUUUCUUCUGGAAAGUAAUGAAGGCCCACGUGAAAAAGUUCAUCAUCAGAGAAUGUACUAUCUAUCAAUGUAAUAAGCAAGAGUAAGUCAGACCAGCGGGGCUUCUCCAACCCCUACCAAUUCCGAAGCAUAUAUGGGUCGAUGUCCCUAUGGACUUUGUAGAGGGUCUACCCAGGUCCAAUGGGAAAAGUACUAUCCUGGUUGUAGUGGACCGCGUAUCCAAAUAUGCCCACUUUGUCUCACUAGGCCAUCCUUACACAGCCUAUAAAGUGGCACAACUUUAUUUUGAUCAUAUUUUCAAACUUCAUGGUAUGCCCAAAACCAUAGUAUGUGAUCGGAAUCCCACAUUCAUGAGUUCAUUCUGGAAGGAGUUGUUUGAAUUGCAGGGAACAAGCUUCAACUUCACUUCAGCGUACCAUCCCCAGUCAGACGGUCAAACAGAGGUAACCAAUAGAACUUUGGAGAUGUACUUAAGGUGUUUUGUAGACUCUCAACCUAACACAUGGGCUAAAUGGUCAGCUUGGGCUGAGUUUUGUUACAACAAAAGCUAUCAUUCAUCUAUUCGGCGCACACCAUUUGAAGUUGUAUAUGGUAAGCCAGCUCCCUCACUGAUCCCAUAUGUACCAGGAACAAUUGCACAUGCUUCAGUUGAAGAGGCCCUGCUCCAACGUGAUCAGACGUUGCUAGAGCUUAAAACUCACCUCCGUAAGGCCCAUGACAGGAUGAAGAAAGUCUAUGGUAGUAAACAUAGAGAUAUACAAUUUCAAGUGGGAGAGUGGAUGUACUUGAAGUUACAACCAUACAAACAAAAAUCAGUGGCUACAAGAAGGAAUAUGAAAUUGGCAUCAAAAUUAUAUGGGCCUCUUCAAAUCAUAGGCCGAGUGGGCCCAGUCGCAUACAAAUUACUACUGCCUUAAGGGUCAAGAAUCCAUAAUAUAUUUCAUGUGUCCCUACUCAAGAAGCAUCUAGGGUCCCAUAGUUCUCCCUAGUCGAAAUUACCCCAUAAUCUACCACUGGAAGAGGAAUAUCAUCCAUACCCUCAAACAAUGAUUAUCGAAGGGUCAGGCGAGGCAAUCAAGAAGUUCUUAUUCAUUGGCAUGGAUUAUCACCGACUGAGGCUACUUGGGAACCAGUUGAUCACAUGAAGCAGCAAUUUCCUAAAUUUUCCCUUGAGAACAAGGGAAAUAAUCCUUAGGAGGGGAGAGUUGUUACGAGCCUACUAUGAACGUGGAUAACAUGCAAGCCUUGCAUGGGCCCACGAACAUUCUAACGGCUCCAAGGGAAGACCAGUCAAAGCUGUUAGGCCCAUUGUUAUCUUUUUUACGUUAACUUUCAAAUUGUAGAUGCCUAAGGCGACUUUCUCACCAUUAUCUCUUGUUAGUAGGAGCUAGUGUUUAUCUGUGGAGCUGUUUUCAGUUG